AUGGAAAUGGUAGCUAGCCAGGAGACAUGUGGGACUUUGGGGGCAAUAGUUAGGAGUCAGACCGGAGGUAGGCAAGUCGGGUUCGUGACAAACCGCCAUGUUGCUGUUAACUUAGACUACCCGAGCCAGAAGAUGUUUCAUCCUCUCCCUCCUGCCCUUGGUCCUGGAGUGUACCUUGGAGCGGUUGAGAGAGCCACUUCCUUCAUCACGGAUGAUCUCUGGUUUGGCAUUUUCGCUGGCACCAAUCCAGUAUUUGAUAAAGCAGCAACUGCCCGCUGUAACCUUCAAAUGUAUUUUGCAGAGACGUUUGUGAGAGCAGACGGUGCAUUCAUCCCCUUUGCGGAUGACUACGACUUGUCACGGGUCACAACUUCUGUCAAAGGUGGAGUAGGUGAGAUUGGAGAUGUCAAAGCCAUAGAGCUACAGUCUCCAGUUGGCAGUUUAGUAGGGAAACAGGUGGUGAAAGUCGGGAGAAGCUCUGGCUUGACUACAGGAACCGUGCUGGCUUACGCAUUGGAGUACAACGACGAGAGAGGAGUCUGCUUCCUCACUGAUUUCCUCGUUGUUGGGGAGAACCAUCGCAGUCCGUUUGAUCUUGAAGGAGAUAGCGGAAGCCUCAUAGUGAUGAAAGGAGAGGAGAAGGCAAGACCUAUUGGGAUCAUAUGGGGAGGCACUGGAAGCCGCGGGAGGCUGAAACUGAAAGUGGGUGAGUCUCCAGAGAGCUGGACCACUGGAGUUGACCUGGGAAGGCUUCUUACACAUCUCCAGCUUGAUCUCAUCACCACCGAUGAAGGGUUAAAAGCGGCAGUGCAAGAACAACGAGCUGCCUCAACAACGGGGAUGAGCUCCAUGGUUGCAGACUCAUCACCUCCGUAUGUGAAUCUCAAGAGAGAGAAGAGAAGCCCAGAAGAGAAGUUAGAGGCAUCGUUAGGACCUCUUCAGGUCCAACACAUCGAUCUUGAAGAGAGACUAGAGACAAACGGAGGUCCUCCGAGUGUGGAGCACCAGUUCAUGCCGAGCUUCACCGGUCAAUGUUCCGCGUCUGCCUGGCCUGAGACUGCUAAGGAGGAUCUUGGUACCGGUUUUACGAAUGCUGGCUGUGACGGGGAUUUAUGUGUAGGACUGCGUUUAGGGGACGAUGGAGCUAAACGCAGACGCUCUGAAAUGACCAAGGAUAGAAUGAGACCCGCCGAAUAG